CUUCCGCUACGGUCACACUGCCAUAUCGACGCAAAACAAAUUGCGAUUUUUACACCACAAGAAAAGGAGGAAAAACAGCAAAUAUAUACGCAAUCUACCUAACACACAGGUCCCCAACCAGUCGCAGUCGCGUCCCAUGAGUGCGAACCUGAAGAACAUCAAACUGGCCCACUUCAGUGGUUCGCUCGGUUCCGGUGGCUUUGGCAUCUCUGCGUCAUCCGGAGGAGCUGGAAAACUGCCCACAAAUGGCACAGGUGGCGGCAAAUCCGCGCCAGCGAGCACCUUCCUGGAUUCCGAGGUGCUGGCCACGCCCGGUGGCGUCGUUAUACCCAUAAUUCGCACUCGGGAUGUGCCCAAACUGCUGCCCACCAUUGCAGCCGCACUGCAGCGUCCGGCGGAUGAUCAUUUGGCGGCCGAGGAUCUGGACGCAGUGCAACUGGAGCUGGAACAGAUGCUCUCCAAUGUGGCGCUGCGCACGCGCGUCCUGAAAGCGGAGUAUGAUAGCCUGGACAAGGAUGAGAAGCGCCAGGAUCGCAGAAAGCUCGACCGUGUGCCUGGAUCGCCACCUUGUCCGGCUAGCAUGCUCAACGGCCUGCUGGGCAUCGGCAGCAACUCGUCGACGAGUCUGGGCAGCCCGCUGGGCGGCGGAGGCGCCUCAUCCUCCAGCCAGUCCAAGCGCAAGCGGGAUGAGCCAACGGGCGUGCGCAAGAAGCACUCUUCGAUGACCAUUCUCAAGCAACAGGGCGUUUCAGGCGGCACCUCGAAGCACCAGGCCAAGAACAGCCCCUUGGCCGUGCACACUGACGACAGCAUGGACUAUCUGCCCACACUGGUGGCCGCCAAUGCCUCUGGAUCCGUGCUGCCGCAUCACCAGCCGCUGCCGCAGCUACCGAAGAUGUCGGUGCCCAAGAACGAUACGCCCAACAAGUUCUGGCUAUCCGUGGAGCCCUACUGCAUGCCGCUAACCAACGAGGAUCUGCGCCUAAUCGAUGACCUGCUGGAGCAGUAUUGGGGUCCACUGGUGCCGCCAGUGCCCCCUCUGGGUCCCCACUACUCCACAGUCUGGGCCCAGGAAGAUAUGAAGGCGCUGCAGCCUGGCGGAGCACGAAUCAAAUCGAACAACUCCAGCGGUAUGCUCAAAAAGGCCGAAGGCAUGGUGGAGGAGAGCAUCACUGGUCCGCUUACCCAGCGAUUGGUGUCCGCCUUGAUGGAGGAGUCGCUGAUGACGCUGCCCAGCGAACAGGCCGCCGUGGGCGAGCACAGCAACAGCACCACGAGCAGCAGCAACGAGAACACCCACUCGCACUCCUCGUCCUCGGCAAAUGCUGCCGCAGCAGCUUCUUCCGGGAACUUCCGAUCCCUCGCCAUGAUGAAACACGGCGUGGGCAUCGAACAGCGCCUGAAGAAGACUCUCAUCGAGAACGGACUGAUCGAUGCCAGUGAGUUUGCGGCCCACGAAGACGUGGACGAGGUGCUGAUGGAGAUCAAGCGCGUGACGACCGAGAUCAGCACCAUUUCGCAGUUCAACAGCGAGGAAUUGAAGCGACUGCGUGCCGUUGCCAGCGAGGAAAUCAAGCGCAUUGCCAUCAAACAGAAAUUGGACAUGGUGGACCAGGAGAUACUCGAGUGCUACAAGCGAAUGCUGCAGUAUCGGGCCAAGCGCAAGGGCCACACCAUCGAGGAGAAGCAGGAGAUACUGCGGCUGACCAACGAGCAGCGCCUGCUGGCGGAUCAGCUGGAGCGCAUGCAGAUGCAUCUGCCCUGCAUUGGCGGCUCCGGCAGCUCCCUGCUCGAGCCAAAGAUGUAGGACAGGAGCCUGGCCUGGGGCUGGUGCCAGCUAAUGGCCAUGCAUCAGGCAAAGAGGCAGGUCCGCGACGCUAGCCUCAAGCUGCAGUGCGUCUGAAGGAGCCGCUCCUCCUUACUCGCCACUCCUUUCUUUUCGCCAGACUGUAAAUUAGCCACGCUAUUCGACACAUAGCCGCUAGUGUCUCAAUCCCAAUCCAAGGUGUGGACGUUUGGGAAGAUGCGCUCAAGGUGGCGGAGAAAGUUAUGCAUUAGUUUUCCGCGAGUUUUGGCAUUAGCUUUCCCCGAGUCGAACGCCACUUUUGAGACGUUUUCCACUAGCUUCCAGACCCCCGUAUUCUUAUCUUCGUCGCCAGACUGUACAUUAACAAAGAUACAUUAGCUCAUAGAAUGUAGAGUUCCAGAUUAAAGAGAAAUUAGUUAUUUAGAUAAGAUCUUCAAGUGGCGGAGAGAAGGGUUUGCGUAUUUUAAACUGUUCUUUUACAAAAUCGUAGUUUCGAAUUUCCUUGCUUGGUAACGUGUAUUCCGUAAUUCCGUGAGCCUAAAGUUUUUGCUCAUUUGUUUGUAUUGCCUGAAAAUUAAAUGGAUAUCCGUAGAUUUUACAUGCCAAAUUUGGUUUUGUGUACAUAAAAGUGGAGAAUGCUCUUCGCAUUAUUGGCUAAAUGAACUGAAAAACUUUCCGCUGCUCGAAUUUCCCACAUUUUACAAGCACGUUGUUUCCCUCAUGUCUUUCGCAACUAUAAAUAUUGAUCCACCCUAUUUAACAACACUCCCAAAUACAUACACUUUGUAUAGCUUAAGUUAUCGCGCGGCAAUAAAGUCGUCACUAUCGAGAGUAAAG